AUGGUGCACUUCCACUUGGAAAAGUUCAACUACAAGCUGAUCUUCGCAGUGGUAGGUGGCUCACUGGCUGGUUGUCGGCGGUUGAAAGGUUGGACGGCCGGGAAGUUGGCGAUCAGAACUGGGGGAGGGUCCUUUGUUUCCAAAUCAUCAUUUGUCAAACUUCUACGAUCGGUCAAGAGGGGAACUCUAAAGCUGAUCGAGACAUUUCUAGACAAGGCUGAGGAUCAACCACAAAUAGGAAAGCAGUUUGUCCCUCCAAUGAUGGCUCAUAUUCUCCGGGACUAUGUGAGGAAUGUGCCUUAUGUUAGAGAAUCUAAAGUUUUAUCACUUUUUGCGACUAUCAUAAAUAAGUACAAGAGUGUCAUGAUAGAGGAUGUGCCUCGCAUUUUUGAGGCCAUUUUCCAAUGCACUUUAGAGAUGAUUACCAAAAUUUUUGAAGAUUACCCUAAGCAUCGGCUGAAGUUUUUUUCUUUACUCCGCGACAUUGCUGCACACUGUUUCUCUGCAUUAAUUAGACUGUUAAGUCAGCAACUUAACCUAGUAAUGGAUUCUAUCAUCUGGGGUUUUUGGCACACGGAGAAAAAUAUUGCUAAAACUGGGCUAAACUUGUUGUUGGAGAUGCUGAAGAACUUUCAGGCUUCUGAGUUCUGUAAUCAGUUCUAUAGGACGUACUUUCUGACGAUAGAGCAAGAGAUUUUUGCUGUUUUAAUGGACACUUUUCAUAAACCAGGGUUCAAGUUGCACGUAUUAGUCCUGCAACACUUGUUUUGUCUGGUGGAGAGUGGUGCAUUGAUGGAACCUCUAUGGUAUGCCUCAACAGUUCAUUACCCCUAUCCAAAUAAUGCAGUCUUUGUUCGUGAAUACACCAUAAAGUUGUUGGGCACUUCAUUUCCUAACAUGACUGUAGCAGAGAUUGGCAUUUUACAAGAGCAAACAUUCACUGCUUGCUUAAAUGUCGAGAAGACGUACCAGCUCGAGCUCGACAAAGCUAUUCGCCAUCACCAACCAAACUCCAAGCAUUCGCCGAACUAUGCCUUGAUGUCUUUUGAUAAAGUCUAA